AUGGCACAACAAAUCACGUCGUCCUUGAAGGACUUCUGGCACACAAUGACUUCGUAUGACCGACAUGCCUCACACGACUCGCCCUAUCGGACCGGCCGCCACAUCCCCAUCCCCCAGAGCCGCCAUGCCGCCCUCACCUCCAUCACCGCCAGCGGCGCAGAGUCCCGCACCGAUCUCGACUCGCCCUACCAGCACGACGAGCUCGCUACCAGCAAUGGCUUCAUCGGCUCCCCCAAGGGCCCAAUGUCCCCCAGCUCCCCCUACUCGCCCGGCAUGCGUAGCUCUCUUAGCCGCCAGGCUACAUUGGACUCGGAUAGCUUCGACAAGGGCGCCAAUGGCCAGAUCCAGAUGCAAGACUUCAACGAGGGUCUGCCUCCCCCACCGCCCGUCUCCCACUCGUGGAGGCGCAUUGACCGCUGGGUCGAGGACAACUUCACAGAGCUGUUUGACAACAUGUGCGAAGGAUGCACAUCCAACGACGUCAACGAGCUAGAGCACGAGCUCGACGCUACCCUCCCCAUGGACGUGCGCGAGUCUCUUCAAAUCCACGAUGGCCAGGAGCGUGGCGGUCUCCCCACCGGUGUCUUCUUCGGCCUCAUGCUGCUCGAUUGCGAGGAGAUUGUCAUGGAGUGGAGGAACUGGCGCAAGGUCGCUGACGAAUACCUGACCACAAAGGUCGACUACUCGACACCCCAAAUCCCCGUCAAGGCCUUUGCUGGCUCGUCCACCACACCGCCCGUCGCCCAAGUGCAGAGCACCACAAACCCUCUGUGGCGGCAAGACCUGCUCGCUCGCCAAGACUCGCAACCGCCAAACGCCAUACAAAAGGCCUACGCCCACCCUGCCUGGAUUCCUCUUGCCCGUGACUGGGGAGGCAACUACCUCGCUGUCGACCUUGCCCCUGGUCCCAAUGGCACAUGGGGACAAAUCAUCAUUUUCGGCCGUGACUACGACCGUAAAUACGUCGUUGCACGCUCAUGGGGCGCUCUUUUGGCCAUGGUAGCAGAUGAUUUUGCCUCCAAGGACGUGCACCUGGACGAAGAAACCUCCGAGUUGAAGCUCUUGAUCUUCAAGCGCCAGAAUGUCGAGCCGCCCUAUCUCGAGGUUCUCCGCUGGCGGUGCGAUCAAAAGUACGGCCGCCGACCACCUAACAAGAAACGCCCAACAAGUGGUCUGCGCGUCAACCCAAAUGCCCCGGGCAUGGUCGUUCCUAGCAGCACAGCGAGCAGCCCCUACCACAGCCCCGUAAUUGGCCCUGAAGAUCGUGGUCGCAGCCCUCACCGUCUUUCGAAGCCACCAAAAGGUGUCAGCCCACGCGGUAAACUCUCGAGCCCCUUGGCCCGUGUGGCCGAGGAGCACCCCCAACCGGUCCGUGUGAAUACAAAUCUCGACUCAAAGGCUAGCGUCCCCACUGAGAACCUCAUUUCCGUUGAUACUCCGAGACCGAGCGACGAACUCUCGCAACCUCGCAACAGCCUCGGCAGCGACAAAGAGAACAAAGACACAAAGAGGACAUCUUCAUCAUUAAAGAGUCCCACUGCCGUUGCAGAACCAGAAGGGCUGAAGAAUGUCGAGAUAUAA